AGUUGCUGUUACAGCACGGUCGAGAAACGAGCGCUCACGGUGCGGAAAAACGAACUUACCGUUUCGAAAAAAAAAACGUUAAUUUUUUUUUAUCAAUUUUAUAUUUGAGUUUGUGUGUAUUUCCACAUUUUUUUUGGAUUUUGGAUACUUUUAUUUAAAGAAAAUUUCAAGAUGACCAUCCCUCUAUCAUCUAACAAGAGAUGAGAAUACGAGCAGUCUACCGAGAAUACACUUAGUCCUUAAAUUAGAAAUUUACAGUGUUUAAAGAUAAUUUACAACCAUGCAGAUCAAAUGGAUCAACGCCAAUUUGCUGACUCUAAAAUGUGUUUUGUUUUUGUUUUUUGGUGCUGUUGGCUCUCUGCUGCCCUUCAUUCCACUGCAAAUGAACGCCCUCGGACUCUCCAGAGAUGAAGCUAUAAUAGUAUCCGGCAUAGCUCCAUUGAUAGCUCUGAUUGGCCCUUUGGUAGCUGCACCUUUAGCUGAUAGAUUAGCUGGUGGUUUUGGUGGGGCUCCAAGAAGCAAAACUGGUCGUUAUCUAAGAGUUAUGAUCCUUUUGUGUUGUAUAUUAGCCACAAUAUUCUACUGGUUGCUUAUUUUGAUACCUCCUAUUAUGAGGAGUCCUCCAAAUGUUUCUUUUAGUUGUGACGAGAAUGCUGGAUUCAUUUUGCAAGAUCGGUGUGGAGCCGAGAGAAUUUGCUACAACUGGGGAUCUGAGAGAGGCGAAGUUCUGGUGAAAAAAUGCAGAUUCACCUGCAAUGCCACUUCAACAUACAAAGGUGAAGAGUUCACUACGCCAUCACCAAAUGAAUAUGUUAGUCACGAAUACGAUACGGAUGAUUAUAACUACGAAGGGGCUAUCAUCAAUAACAUAUUGAAUGGAGAAUCUGAUAACGAACCACCUACGCAGGACUUUAAUCAAGAAUACCUUCCCGAACCAUAUCCUCACCUAUGUUACCAAAAUCGCAGCGGAACCAACAAGAUUUGUGCGGUCGAUACUUCCAUUGGUGCUAUUAAACUCAUGUUGGGAUUAAGACCCACUAUUCAGAUUAGUGAUAAUGAAACCGACACUUGCAAGUAUCCACUUGACCAAGAAUUCAGCUGUAGAAUUCCAGACCAAGUAACUGCAAACCUUCAAAAAGACUUUUCCGAAGACUGCAAGCCUGUUUUAGUGUGUGAAAUUCAGGAUCCAUACAACAACACCGAUUCCCUUUUAAAACGGUCACAGUGUGGUUAUGAUAACAUUAGUUUUUGGUUGUAUCUUUUCAUCAAAUCCUUCGGAGACGUAUUUAUAGCGGCAGCUGUUACCCUUUUAGGCACAGCGGUAGUGAUCGCAACAAGGGAAACCUCAACAGGGCGUGGUGAUAUCGGUAAACAAAUUGCCUGUGGGGCUCUGGGCUUUGGCCUUUUUGCACCCAUCAUCGGAGGCGUCGCUGAUGGGCGCUUCUUCGAAGGAAUCAUCUGUUUUACCGUUUUAAUGGCACUUGCUGUGAUUCUGUUAGCGAUCGAUGAGAAAAUGCCUUUAAGUCCUCCAGAGUGGUGGUGGCAUACGAGAUGUGGGCUGCUAGCUUUACCUAUGUCUGCGGUCAGAAAAUAUGGAUUAGAAACUGCUGCCUUAGGAGUUGUUUUGUUUUUAUUAGGGGUAUUUUGGAAUAGCAUUGAUUCAUUUUUGCCUUGGCACGUAGCAAAAUUACCAGAAGGCAAUUCGCUUAUUAUAGGACUAACUCUGACUAUUGGUGCCAUACCAGCUGUACUCUUCUUGAUUUUCGCUGAAAAAAUCGUUGAUUAUUGUGGACACUCCAACAUACUCAUUUUCUGCCUAGUUAACUACAUUUGCCACCAUUUAACUCUAUAUUGCAUUAAAAAUGCCUCACUUCUAUUCCUAUGCGAGUUCUUAGAAAUAUUUACCCUCCAUCUAAUGUACGUCACUGCCGUAUUGUAUUUGAGGCAUCUGGUGCCUCGAAAAUUAACCGCAUGCGGACAAGCACUGCCAGUUGUUGCUCACUUCUGUUUAGGUCGUUGCAUCGGUGCCUUUUUGGGAGGUCUCGCUUAUGAUGAAUAUCCGGCUAACUUUAACUGGGUCCACCAAUGGUUCACUAUAGCAGCUGCCAUUAUUGCCUUUAUUUAUUAUUUAACGUACCAUCUUUACUUAAAACCGAAGUGUGGGGCGCCUAUGCAUUUGCCCCCGGAUCCUGCUCCGGCCGUUGUACAAAGUAUGAACGGGAAUGGUAAUGGUUCCUACACGCCACUCAGGGUCUACCACAAUAGCAAAUCAAAAAAAGGGCACUUCAGAUAUUAGAGUCAAAGUUAUUUAUUAUGUAGUUUAUAAUAGAAAAAAAACGUGAAUCUCUAUAUUUUUUUAUAAUAUUUCUCAUACAAGUCCAUGAUGAUGAUCUGUACUUUUUCUUGUUAUCGUUGUAAAUAUUUUAUUUUUUGUCACGAGAGAUGCAACUUUUUUAUUUUACUUUGUAUAAAAUGAGCUUUAUAUUUUUUGUGUGUAGUUUUAUAAGUCUUAUUUUAAUAUUAAUAGUAAGACGAAAGCUUGCUUGAUAAUUGUAUUUUGUUAUUGUUGUUUUUUACUUGAAAUGUGCUUUAUUAGGAUAACAAUAAUUAAAUUUAAAACACAUUUUACUAAAGGAUCACAUAAUACAUAUUACUUUAGAUAUAAAUAUAUAUGUCAUGCUUAUUUAGUUAAACUUGAAACUGAAAUCAAAAUGUGUUCAAAUGAAUCUAAUAAAUAAAUUUAAAAUGAAAAUUU